AUGCGCGGAUGGCAAUUCAACUCCGCGUCUGGACCUAUGGAGAAGAACCUUUCCAUUCCUUCGUCAGGCCUUCCCAUACCAGCCAUCAAGAAAGACGAAGUUCUUAUUGAGAGCCAUGCGACAGCCCUCAACCCAAUUGAUUACAAGAUCCUCGAACUUGGCCUAAUAACGCGCAUGGUCUUCUCUGGUCUUACACCCGGACUAGAGAUAUAUGGACGCGUCGUGAAAGUCGGCAGCAACGUCGCAGGCUUCCAGGAAGGCGACAUAGUAUACGGUGGUCUUACUCCAGGAGCGAAGCAUGGUGCUCUAGCAGAAUACGUGCCUGUGCCGCACAACUUGCUGACAAAGGUGCCGCAAGGCUUGAAGGGAGAUGAUAUGGCGGCCAUCGCGAGCACGGGCAUGACAGUAUACGCCGGACUAGAACCUUAUGCUAAACCCGGUAACAAGGUCUUCAUCAAUGGUGGCUCGGGAGGAACUGGUGUGGCUGCGAUACAAAUCGCCAAGAUACUCGGCUAUCACGUUACAGUCUCUUGUUCGACGAAGAACAUCGAACUGGUUAAGAGCUUGGGAGCAGAUAAGGUGAUAGACUAUACAACGGGCCCUAUCAUCCAACAACUAAAAGAUACCGGCACGAUGUUCGAUCUCGUUCUGGACAAUGUCGGAGCACCAGCAAACUUAUACCGGGUCUCAAGCGCGUUCCUACGUCCAGAGGGCAAGUUCAUUCAAGUCGGUAUCGGCAUGAAUCUAGGCGCCGCAGUGCAGUUCUUUGGCAACAAAUUGACCAGCCUCCUUAACUGGGGAAAGAGGGAAUACAUUUUCGUUGAUGGCAACCCGCGUACCGCAGUGUUUGAGCAGCUUGCAGCAUGGAUGGAGCAAGGCAAGCUUCGCGCCAUCGUGGACUCUACAUGGGAGUUCUCGGAGGUCCCCAAGGCAUACGAGAAGCUGAAGACUGGCAGGGUGAAGGGUAAGGUUGUUGUACACGUGAAGGACUAUUAG